AUGAUCUCACUUCUGAAAUUUGUCUGCUUACUGUCAGUAUUACAGAUUAUACAAGCCUAUUGCGUAUAUAAUAGAUUGUCCAACUCGACCGUCCUUCCAUCCUUUAUCAAUGUUUAUGCGGUGAAUAGAACCUUAAACUUUCAUAUUAAUAUCGCAGCAUCAAAUAGCAGCUUCAAGGCUACACUAAUUGGCUACGACUCCAAAGCGUGCUGUCCCUUUUCAGAAAGAACCUGCAAUCCUUAUGGCUCACUUGUUUAUCCCAUUUUACUGAAUUUUGAGUUAUCUUUUGAUGGGAAAGUAACUCCUAUAAAGCCUGGAGCAGCUUGCGAUGCAGGAGGUGGUCUUGCAUUUUAUGGCACUCAGAAGAGUUUUUACGCUGAAUGUACAAGUCCUAAUGGAACGGUCUCUCCAGUUUCUAUAUUGAAUUUAGAGGUCUAUAAUGCCAUCGGUACAAAGAACAUUGUAGUCAUUGACAAAUCAAUUACCUCAUUUAGUGAAAACGAUGUUUACAACACCCCAGUCAUAUCAGCCGCUUUCCAUAAUAAAACAUUCUGUAACUACAAUAAAUACAAUAGACAAAUGACAGCUAUGUCUUGUUCACAGACACACAAAAAUGGUCAUGAAUACAUGAAGCAUUAG